UAAUAAAAAAUGUCUAGUCGUAUUACUGAAUCACGUGAAGAUUUAUUAGUUGGUUCUGAAGAAAUUCGUAAAUCACGGCAAUCGAUACAAUCCAAUUUUAUCGAACAUGUUUUAACGCCUGUGGAAAAAACAUUUUUAUUGCAUGCUGAACGGGGUGAUUGUGCAACAGUUCGAAAAUUGAUCGAAGAUCAUAAAGAUCAAACGGAGAUAUUAGAUAUUAACUGUGUGGACCCACUCAAUCGUUCCGCAUUAAUUUCUGCCAUCGAAAAUGAAAAUAUUGAACUUAUCAAAAUUCUACUUGAAGCCGGUAUUCAAGUUAAGGAUUCACUUUUACAUGCCAUAAAAGAGGAAUAUGUCGAAGCAGUAGAAAUUCUAUUACGAUGGGAAGAAGAAAAUCAUCAACCAGGAACUCCUUACAGUUGGGAGGCAAUUGAUAGAUCAGCUGCAACAUUUACGGCCGAUAUAACACCGUUAAUUUUAGCUGCACAUAAAAAUAAUUAUGAAAUUAUCAAAAUUCUUUUGGAUCGUGGAGCAACUUUACCAAUGCCACAUGAUGUAAAAUGUGGUUGCGAUGAAUGUGUAACGUCCAGCGAAACAGAUUCUUUAUGUCAUUCGCAAUCUAGAAUUAAUGCAUAUCGAGCAUUAACUGCAUCAUCGUUAAUUGCUCUAUCCUCGAAAGAUCCACUUUUAACAGCAUUUGAACUAUCUUGGGAAUUACGUAGAUUAAGUCGAAUGGAAACAGAAUUUCGAAAAGAAUACAAUGAACUUCGUGCAAAUUCACAACAAUUCGCCACAAGUCUUCUAGAUCAUGCACGAACCUCAUACGAACUAGAAAUUAUGUUAAAUUUUGAUACAAUCGGUGAUAAUUGGGAUCCGGGUGAACGACAAACAUUAGAACGAUUAAAAAUGGCUAUCAAAUAUAAGCAGAAACAUUUCGUGGCACAUCCAAAUGUUCAACAAUUAUUAGCAUCAAUUUGGUAUGAAGGUUUACCGGGAUUUCGUCGUAAAACAAUAGUUGGACAAUUAUUUCAAGUUGCUCAAUUAGCUGCAAUGUUUCCAAUUUAUUCGACCAUUUAUAUGAUGGCACCAUACUCGAAAUAUGGUCGAUUUAUGAAGAAACCAUUUGUAAAAUUUAUUUGUCAUUCAUCGUCAUAUUGUUUCUUUUUGAUGUUAUUGGGUAUCGCCUCACAACGGUUAGAAAUUUUGGUCUUAGAAUGGUUUGGAACUGAUUGGAUGCAAGCGAUAGUUGAGGAUUGGAAAAGAAAAGAGCGUGGAGCUGGACCGGGUUUUGCAGAAUGUGGUGUCAUUUUAUAUAUGAUAAGUUUAAUUUGGGGAGAAAUACGUGCCUUAUGGACUGGUGGAAUAGCGGAAUACAUGGAAGAUUUAUGGAAUAUAGUGGAUUGUAUGACAAAUUUUUUCUAUGUUGCAUGGCUUGUUUUAAGGAUCUAUUCAUAUUACACAGUUCAGAUGGAUGAUGCCAUGGGUAAAAAUCCAUGGAUACCACGUGAACAAUGGGAACCAUUCGAUCCAAUGUUACUAUCGGAAGGUGCAUUUGCAGCGGGAAUGAUAUUUAGUUUUCUAAAGUUAGUUCAUAUAUUCAGUGUGAACCCACAUUUAGGACCAUUACAAAUAUCAUUAGGUCGUAUGAUUAUCGAUAUUUUAAAAUUCUUUUUCAUUUAUACACUGGUCUUGUUCGCUUUUGGUUGUGGUUUAAAUCAAUUGCUUUGGUAUUAUGCAAAUAUUGAAAAAAAUAAAUGCUAUCAUUUGCCAAAUGGAUUACCGGAUUACGACCAGAAUGAAAAAGCCUGUUCAAUAUGGCGUCGCUAUGCAAAUUUAUUUGAAACAUCACAAUCUUUAUUUUGGGCAAGUUUUGGUUUAGUUGAUUUAAUGAAUUUUGAAUUAACUGGCAUCAAAGAAUUUACACGAUUUUGGGCUCUGUUAAUGUUUGGAUCAUAUUCUGUUAUAAAUAUUAUUGUAUUACUUAACAUGUUAAUUGCUAUGAUGUCAAAUUCUUAUCAAAUUAUUUCGGAACGUGCUGAUACAGAAUGGAAAUUCGCUCGAAGUAAAUUAUGGAUGAGCUAUUUUGAAGAGGGUGAUACGGUACCCCCUCCAUUUAAUAUAUUUCCAACGCCAAAAACAUUCUAUAAACUAUGUCGUCGAAAUAAACGUCAAUCUAAAUCAUUUAUGAAUAAAUCUCGAGAACGGGCAGAAGAACGUCAUGCAACGGUAAUGCGUUUAUUGGUAAGACGUUAUGUUACCGCUGAACAACGGAAACGUGAUGAUUAUGGUAUUACAGAAGAUGAUGUCAUGGAAAUACGUCAGGAUAUAUCUACGUUACGUUACGAGCUCAUUGAUAUUUUACGGCAGAAUGGAAUGCGAACACCAGUUUUAAAUGUGGGAGAGUCAACAAUUGCUGGGAAGAAAGGUCGUAUAAUGGAACGCCGUUUAUUAAAAGACUUCACAAUUGGAACUGUGGAAGGAGUUCAAAAUAUAAUAAGUUCAACAAAAGAGCCCCGUGAUGUAUUCAGUCAAAUUGCUAAAGCGAUUGGAAAAAGGGCUAGCUCGAAAAAUAAAUCUGAAGAAUGGAAUACUAUUGUACGCCAAAGUACCAUAGUUCGAGAUCCAAUUGGAUCAACGACUGAGGCAGCUUUUAGAAAUUCACGUCACAGUUUAAAACGAUAUAUUGCAUCGAAUACAAAUAAUGUGGCAAUCGAUCAAAACAAAUUAUUGGAAUAUAAUCCCAGAUUGGUUGAAGUACCACCAACUGCUCGAUUAGCUUAUGCUAAGUUCAUGAAAGCAAAACUAAAACAGGAUGAAGCAACGAAACAGAUAAUCGAAGAUGUUGUUAAGGUUGAAAAGCAAUUGUCACGUGACAAUAGUCAAGAUCACCAUCAUUCGCGAGGUAGCUCUCUUAAGAGUUUGAUUGCCCUCAAAGGUUUACUGCAGGAAUCAUUGGAAAUACAAUCAGACGAACUUAGCGAAGUUGAGAAAAAAGAAAUCAUUUUAUCACCAUCUCCGAUACUCGAGGCUGACGAAGAGGCUGAAGCUCGAUCUCUAUAUAAUCGGCGAAGUUUAGCGCAAUCUCCAGAUAUGUUAGAUCAAAAAACACCAGUCAAAAUCGUUGAAGAUACAAAAAUUGAUAUUGAAGAGAGUGAAGCAGCGAGACUUGAAGAAGAAGAAGUACAAAAGGAUUUAUUGGUUAUGGAAAAGGAGGAUUUUACACCGUCAUUACCUCCCGUAGUUGUAACAACUAGUUCUCCGCCGGCUGUAAGAACACCGACACCUACAUCAACUAGGUCUCCAACACCAAGUAUUCGGUCACCAACACCAACUCUUAGUCCACAAUCACCUACUCCUAAACCAUCUUCACCUUCCACGAAAAGUCCAUCCCCGAAACCCACCACCAGUUCAACUCCACAAUCACCGCCACGAAAAGUAACUUAUAGUACCGAUGGAAAAUCAAAAAUUUCUGGAAUGAAACGAACAGGGUGGCUUUAAUCGAUAGAGAGCCGUAGAAAUACAAUUGUAGGAGUAAUUUUACAAGUAACUUAUUAAAAAUAGUAUUAUUAUUA